CCCAUGAACAAAGCACUUUCAAGAUGGCGACCAACAUCAGACAUGUCAUAAAGCCGAUCUUACGUUUUUCUCCCAAUUCAAGCAGGAACAGAAUAACUAGGAUUUUUGCAAGAUAUGCAUCAUCAUCUUCGGUCGAAGUGCAAACACAAGACCAAGUCGCUACCGUGGUUCUGAACAGAAAACCCGUCAAUAGCUUCACUUUAGAGUUUCUUGAAGAAAUAAAUACGACUCUUUCAGAUCUUGAAAACAACAGAGACAUCAGGGGACUGAUCUUGACCUCAAGUCUACCAAAAGUGUUCUCUGCUGGAUUAGACCUAAUCAAGGAGAUGCACAAUCCUGAUCCAAAGCGUCUUGCUGUUUUCUGGAGAGGAUUUCAAGAGAUGUGGUUACAACUGUAUGGAUCUAGAUUAGCUACCAUUGCUGUUGUCAAUGGUCAUGCCAUUGCUGGAGGAUGUGUACUUGCAUCAGCUUGUGAUUACAGGAUAAUGGCUCCAAACUAUUCCUUAGGACUUAAUGAAACAGUUGCGGGCAUUGCAGUUCCAUUUUGGGUGUCACAGACUCUCACAAACCUGGUUGGGAAGAGGGUUGGUGAAAGAGCUACAUUACUUAGCGAGAUGUUUUCAAGUGAUGCUGCUUUGUCCAGCGGUCUUGUUGACAUGGUUGUCGCACAGGAAAACCUAAUGGCAGAAGCUCAAAAACAGAUGAAACGAUGGCUUGCUAUUCCAGAUUCAGGAAGAUCACUUACAAAACACACAAUCCGUAGAGAAAUGCUUGAGAACAUGAGAGACGACAGGGAAGAAGACAUCAAAGACUUUGUUAGUUAUAUCAUGCGGGAAUCCACUCAAAAAUUUGUUCAAAUUCAGAUUGAUAACAUUAAACAGAAAAGCAAAAAGUAAAUUUCAAUGUAGGUCGUUAAACGACAAAAAUAUUGUUCAACACUGUGUGAAUGUAAUGUUAAACUAUUACUCUAUGAUGUAUUACUUACAAUAAUGACAAAUGUUAUCUAGUAUUGGUACUUUAUUUCAUUGUUCAGCAUUUCCAAAAUGCUUCGUUAUCUUACUACAUUGCCUACUAAUUUUUACCAGAGUUUUUUUUCCAAGUGCCAUAUUAUGUAUGAUGUGCAUUUAUCGUACGCUGAUCUCCCCUCGCAAGGGGUGAAUGUGUGCAAAUCAAAUUGUGCCUUUUUUAUCCUUCUUAAACAGUGGGAUGUCACUGUUAACUUGUUUCUAUAAAUUAUAUAUUUACUUACA